CAGCUGGACGUCUACAAGUUCCAACUCAGCACUUUCCAACAAGCAGUACAACCCUGACUGGCACGAAACAACAUCCACAAGCAGCAGCCACACUGGCAGCAGCGCCACUACUGUGACCAGUUCUAGCUUGACAGGCAGCAGCAGCUCGACGUCUACAAGUUCCAACUCAGCACUUUCCAGCAGCAGUACGACCCUGACUGGCACAGAAACAACAUUCACAAGCAGCAGCUACACUGGCAGCAGCGCCACUGUGACCAGUUCUAGCUUGACAGGCACCAUCAGCUCAACGUCUACAAGUUCCAACUCGGCACUUUCCAGCAGCAGUACGACCCUGACUGGCACAGAAACAACAUUUACAAGCAGCAGCUACACUGGCAGCAGCGCCACUGUGACCAGUUCCAGCUUGACCAGCACCAGCAGCUCGAGGUCUACAAGUUCCAACUCCGCACUUUCCAGCAGCAGUACCACCCUGACUGGCACAGAAACAGCAUCGACAAGCACUGUGACCAGUUCUAGCUUGACCAGCACCAUCAGCUCGACGUCUACAAGUUCCAACUCAGCACUUUCCAGCAGCAGUACCACCCUGACUGGCGCAGAAGCAACAUCCACAAGCAGCAGGUACACUGGCAGUAGCGCCACUGUGACCAGUUCUAGCUUGGCCAGCACCAUCAGCUCGACGUCUACAAGUUCCAACUCAGCACUUUCCAGCAGCAGUACCACCCUGACUGGCACAGAAACAACAUCCACAAGCAGCAGCUACACUGGCAGUAGCGCCACUGUGACCAGUUCUAGCUUGACCAGCACCAUCAGCUGGACGUCUACAAGUUCCAACUCAGCACUUUCCAGCAGCAGUACGACCCUGACUGGCACAGAAACAACAUCCACAAGCAGCAGCUACACCGGCAGUAGCGCCACUGUCUACACUGGCAGUAGCGCCACUGCGACCAGUUCUAGCUUGACCAGCACCAUCAGCUCGACGUCUGCAAGUUCCAACUCAGCACUUUCCAGCAGCAGCUCCACGACAAGCUCCUCCACCAGCAGUCAUACAAGCAGCAGCACAACAACAGAGAGCACAUCGCUUUUGACAAGCACAACCAGCAGCUCAAGCGUGACAUCAAGCUCAUCAUCUUUGACAAGUCUCACGAGCACGACAUCUUCCACUACUUCAACGUUGUCAACAACGGCGAGCACAGUCACCAUAUCUACAACAACAGUAGACAUCAUGGUCAGAAGCACGGGGAACAUGGUGUUUGUGCUGGAUGCGGGAACUGCGGAUCGUGUGGAGUCGGCGGUUACAAGCUCAUUGGCGCAGUACUUUGGCGCCAUGCAGAGUUUUGUUGUGGCUUCAGCCAGCGCUCUCUCGGGUGGCUGGACUGUGGAUUGGCAGGUCUUCCGUCACGUCCAGUCUGAGUCCACCGUGCGGGCUAAAGUGGCAGAGAUGCAGAACAACCCGACUGUCUUCACGGACGUCCUGCACUUGCAGCUUCAGAACAUGAGCAUGGAUGCAGGCUUCAACAUGAGCGGCUUGGAGUUCCUGGAGCCGGUGGUGGAACUGGUGUCCAUGACUGCCAUCUCAAGCUCAACUACUUCCUCCACGAGCAGCGCCAGCUUCACAUCCACUACUAGCUCCACAAUGUUCGCUCUGGAAAUAUCGGCUGAGCUGAUGCAGGACUUCUCACAGCUGCUGCUCACCUUCAACGAGCCCGCGACAGACACACCAGUCUCGGACUGCGCCGAAUUCCUUGCCCCAGCCACGAUGGCUUUGAUCGGUUCCUCAGCAACCUGCAGCUUGCUUGACGGGAAGAACUUGGUGAUCACAUUGGGAAUGGAUUCCACCAUCACGAUCGGUAGCAGAGUCGAGAUCUUGCCGGGUUCCCUCACGACCCGCUCCGGCCAGCUCAUGGCAUCUGCAGAAGCCUUUGCCUUCAGCAACCAGCCCAUGCUACGGCCACGGGCAGUGGUUCAGGCAUCCCCGGCAAGGGCUCAAGCUUGCAGCCGCAUCUCAGUCACUGCAUCCACGUCCACAGCCGUGCGGGGUUUGCGGUCCGUGGCCUGGAGCUUUGGCAACGGCAGCACGCCGCAGCUGGCGCAGCAGCUUGAGGCCAAGCUUGACACAACUGAGAUCUCCUUUCAGAUCUCCGAAGAGGAAUUCUUUGCCGCCGUGGAACAGAUCAAGGCUGAAAUGGGGUCUCUCUUCCAUUCCUUGGAAAUGAAGCUUGAGUUUGUGGCCGACAUCACCAACUGGCUGGGCAUGUCUGACCAGGCCUCAGCCACAGUCUAUUUGGAGAGCACAGAAGAGCCCAUGCCAAUCGUCUCACCCACAUCCUCCGUCUCAGCCUUCAUCUUCAACAGCGAGCCAGUGGCCUUCUCUGUGGAGACGAGAGCUCACUCGUCCUGCGGAAACACAUCGAUUGCUUCGACUUCGAUCGCGGUCACUUGGGAGUACCGGGAAGACUCGGGGCCGUGGAUGGACCUGGCCAUCUCUGGAAAGGUGGACCUGGACCGCCGCCCUGGCGGCGUCCGCUUUGGGGCCUUCACCUUUGCUCCCGGCACGAAGCACUCGCUGCGGGCCAGCGCCCGCUACGCCAGCCAGGCCGUAGCAACUUCCUACAACUUCAGCCUCGCAGUGUCAGAAGCAGCCCCUUUGGAAGCCCGCAUCCUGGGGCCUUCCGCCUCUACCUCUGCCUGCGGCUUCAGCCUAGAUGCUUCAGCAUCUGUUGACCCUUCCUCUCCUUCGGCUGGCCUUGCAUUCCAAUGGUCAUGCGACAGCUGUCCGGAUUUGGGGGCAACGGACUCUGCCGUGUUGGUGGUGGGAGGUGGUCAGUUGCAGGAGGGCAUCUACAAUUUCAGCGUUCGAGUGAGCCAAGGAGGAAGAGUGACAGAGGCCUUCUGGCCGUUGGAAGUCACGAACAGUUCCUUGCCCCCUGUGUCCAUUGCCGUCCCUUGGGCCAGCGGGGAGGCAGUUUCCACACAGCGCGGCUUCCUGGGCGAGGUGACAGCAGCAGUGCCCUUCAGCGCAGGCUGCACAGUGCCCAGCAGUUGGGUUUGGAGCUUCGUCUUGGUGGAAGAGAGCACUUCAUCCCUGGCGUUCCUGCAAACCACGACGUCCUUCACCGCGAAUGGGCUUACUCUUGCCACUUCUGAUUUCCCGCGUGUGAUUCCAGGCCGGAGAUAUUCGUAUUCUGUGCUGGUGCAGACGCAGGAGAUAUUGACGUGGCUCCUGCAGCCUCCAGGUUCUGUGGCUGAGGCGAUUGCUGGUGGAGCCCGAGUCCUUCACUCGUCCCCGUUUCUGGCAGAUGGCCCCCCGUCCGGUGGAACUGUUCAAUGCAGUCCGCAGUUUGGAUUCGCUGUGACCACAGCUUUCGCUGGCACAACAAUGGGAUGGAGUGAUGAGGAUGAAAGCAGUCUGACUUAUGCGUUCUAUCUUCUGCCACUGCAACAGAAUCUCACCAUUGCUUCAAACGGAGGAGGUGUUGUGACCGACGGCAUCUUCCAGCCACCAGUUGUGGAUUGGACCAACGUGAGCAGCCCAUACUACUGGUCCACGAUGGGGGGCAUGUUUCUCACAAAUGUCUCGAACCCGUUUGCCGCGCAAUGGGAACUGCAGGCGGCGGCUGGCAGCUAUGCCACGGCGGUGGUGGCACGUGACCGCUUAGGAGCCGUUUCUGCAUCCUACGCCCCGGGACCGCUCAUUGAAGAUCCACCAGGUGGGGUGGGGCCGGAGUUGGCCCUGUCCUUCCUGGAGACGAUCGUCACCAGCCACGAUGCUACGUACAUCCUCAGCGGCCUCGACUCCUUGGCCUCCGUCACCUUGAGUCAAGCCAACAGCACGGUUGAUGCGGCAGCGGUCUCACAGAAGAUGGUAGAGGCACUCAGCUUGGCAGCCGAUGUGUUGGAACCCUCUGAAGAGAGUCUUACCAGUUUCGGCACAGUGGUGAGCCACGGUCUCAAGAGCGAGCUCUUCGGGAAUGACAUCCCAGGGGUGUCCAGUGCACUGGACGUUGUGCUGGAUGCAUCGUUGUCCUUCGAAGGUGCAAAUCAGCCCGCUGGGACGUCGCUGCUGACGGCGGUGGCGGACGUGUCGGACCGCCUUGCCGUGGACGGCAGCCUCUCGGCCGUGUCUCAUGCGGCCUAUGCCUCGAAGCUGCAGGUUCUUGUUUCAAAGCUGGGGAGUGCUGUGCUGUUGCAGCUGCCAGAUGGGGGCGCGGUCCAGAUCUCAUCGAGAGGGCUCGGCCAGCGGGUGGAGAUUUUGGUCCUCAAGGAGGCCACAAGCACCGCCACAGAGCUUGGCCUUUCGUCAGGAGAUGUGCAGGUUCCGGGCUCGGCGUUGGUCGGAAGACGCCUCGCUGAGUGCAACUCUGUCGCGACGCAGACCACUAGCUACGUGAACAGCAAUCCGUUCACGUACUUGGACUCCAGUUUGGGUCUGAAUGCGUUCGUCAAUUUGGGCGCCACGGUGACAACAUUGGAGAUCAAGAAGUGCCUCUCCGUGGUCACCAAAUCCGCCUUGGACCCGCCCAUCGCCCUGCGCCUCCCCCUGAACCCAAGCAUCGGAAGCCCGCCAGAAGGAUUUACCUUCGAGCCCGCUUGCGUUCGGCUGGACAAGCAGCAAGCCACGCAGCAGGUGUGGACCACGGCGGCUAUGACUUGGCUGCUUCCAGCGGUAUAUGCAGCUACAUCCAUCGAGUGCUAUGCGACUGCUGCAGGUGGUGUUUAUGCAGGAGUUUUUCUCCCAACACCUCUGCCAACUGAGCCGGCGCCGACUUCGACUUCUCAAGUUCCACCACUUACACCACCCCCGUUUCAGGAUCUGCCAGGCGCAGACAGCGCCAACGCCGCAGUGCCCGGCUUGAUCAUUGCGGGGCUGGCCCUGGUGGUUGCCUGCACAGCUUUGGCUUGUCAGGUGCAACGCAACGUUCGGGUCAAACCAGCCAAAGACUCCGACGCCUGGGGCCCAAAGAUCGACCCAGCAGAAGCACGACAAAGGCAGAGGGAUGCUGAAGAACAUUUCUGGACCUGGGCCAGCGACAUUGCCAAGACUCCUUUGGGCGCAAAAGCGAGUCCAAGUCUGGGUCCAGCCAGUCCGGGGCCUCCAGCUGUUCCUGCUGGUUUCACCGAGGAUUACUUCAAGGAGUUUGCUGAGGAGAUGAGAACUUCCAGGUUCGGUCCGUUUCCCGGUUUCACUUUGCCCGGCGCGGUUUCGGACGUGCCUCCCCCGCCGCCGAAACCGAAGCUUCGGCUGCCAUUGCCCCCACCACGUCCACCGGCCAGAGCUUCACGAGCUCCGCCGGCCCUGCCGAAAGCGGUCGAACACAUCCAGCUGUUGGUCGACCCAGCCUUUGUCGAUUGGGCAAAUGAGUUCUCGCUGAAAAGGGCAGAGGCGCAGGACGAUGUCCCACCCCCACCACUACCCCCAAUGGCGUGGACGGACCCGACGGACCCGACGGACCCGACGGACCCGGACAUGCCAGCCAUGCCAGCCAUUCCAGCCAUGCCAGCCAUGGCCUUAUCCCCGUCGGAUGCUUCGGCCUCGGACUUUGCAACUUGGGCCAAUGACUUCCCGCUCAGCGUGGUGGAUGCCUCACCUGGCUCCUCUGCGCCGCCGAGACUUCAGCCGGGCUUGAGCUCAAUGAGCUUCGGCUUGAGCUCAGAGUCGGCCUUUGCGGCUUGGGCCAGGGACUUCCCAAGUCCACCCAUGGCAAAGGCGAAGAAUGUCCCACCGCCGCCGCAAAAAGCACCACCGCACGCACCAGAACAUGGAGGACAUGGAGGACAUGGAGGACAUGGAGGACAUGGAGGACCGGGGCAAGACGGAGCGAGGCCACUGCCAAAGGCAGCAUCAGCGUCUCUGGUGCCAAGCCCCUCGCUCUCGUCCCUGCGGGGCGUCGGCAAAGCCCCGCCUCUGCCUGUAUCUAUCAGCCCCAUCAGUCCUCCACCACCACAUGAUCCGGCGAGCGACUAUCGCAGAGCUCCCACGAUACCCGGAUCGUUGUGGCGACCACCUGAACAGCUGCAGCGGCCACCUCCCAAAGGCGCACCUGGCACUCCCGGCGCGCCGUCUCGUGACGGCCUUCCUACGCCGCGACGGUAGUCUGCAAUAUCGGGAUCAGCAGUGCGCCAAGGCGCUGUACAUAGGGAAACUUCAUCUCAAUGCGGAUGAAACAGUGAGGAUUGAAAGCAUUGCAGGGAUUUUGGAGCCGC